GUAUCGGUAAGAGGUGCAGCGUCAAGACAGCCUCCCGGCCGGACGGUACGACCAGCUCCCAAAAUGGCGGCGGCCGAGAGAGUCGUCGCCGAGGAGGUGAGGCUGACGCAUUUCCGGGCCCGCCCCCUUCCGUGGCGUGCUUCCCCCCUCCCCGCGGGCGCCGUAGCCCGCGACGCAGUUGCCAUGGCAGCGGCCGCGGCGCCGGGAUAGCGGUUUUAGGGGAUCCCAGAAGCCGUGGGCGCGCCAGGGGCAGUUCCACGAGCCAGCCAGACACAGAGGCCGAAGCCGCGACGCCGGAGGCAGGGACUGAAGAGCUGCUCGGGCAAGGCCUGCACUGGAGACAGGAAGCCAGUCCUUCAUUUACCAGUGAGCAUCUACAAUGGGCCAGUCCCCAGGCUGGCCACAGUGGAGACACUACAGUGACUAAGGUGGCCUGGAGAGGAGGCUGUUGGGCAGAGAACAAUCAGAGCUGAGAUGGGGGAGCCCAGAGGGCUUAUCUAACCCAGCCUGGAUGGUGCUCAGGGAAGCCUUCCUGGAGGAGGUGACAUCCUGGAACCCUGAAGGGAGCUGCGAGGAUGACACACCUGCUGGGCAGCCAGGCCUGCAUGGACAGCCUGCGCAGGGACCUCACUGACCUGCAGGGCGCCAUCGUAGACGUGUUCUCCCGUGCCGGGCCCGUGCGCUUCCCGUCCUGGAAGUUCCCUGACCGUGUGGCCUGUGACCUCGACAUGGUGGCCCUGCUAGAGCACUAUGACCAUGUUCCAGGUGACCCCCAGUUCACGCAGCUGUCCCACGCCGUGCUGCUGGAGCUCGUCAUCGACAGGCUCCUGCUGCUACUUCAGAGCUGUGCGAGCUACUUGGAGACCCUUGGCUCAGAGCAGAUGAUGCCUUCCGCCCGGGCUGUGGGGCCGUGCAUGUCUGUGGGGCUCACGGUGCGAUGCUUCUGGAACAGCCUGCUGAGGCUGGGCAUGCUCUACCAGCAGGCGGCCCCCCAGAAAAGGGAAAACCAAGGGGAAACCCCCACCUCCAAGGCCACAGCCAAGGACGAGCCAGCCAGGAGCCCUGAACGUAUGGCUGCCAAGUUCAUCAAGGCCCCCACCCCAAUGCCAAGAUUGCCCCAGACCUGCCAAGAGCCAGAGGCCAUCGCUGACAGAGUCUCCCCGCAGUGUCUAGCCAUGACCAAGAACACCAAGAGUGUCCACUGCCAGACCAUUGAGACGGCCCUGGUGCCCUGUGACGCGUGCACCAGCGUCCAGGGCAGCCUGCAGGAGGUGGGCAAGGUGGUCGUCAGCCUGUGUCAGAGCCAGAACUUGCCCUCGUCCUUAGGCCAGUUCCAGAAGCUGGUGCAGGACAGCAUGGGGCUCAGGCCACUGCCUGCUGCCACCAUGGGCCACUGGGCAGCAGAGCAGAGCAAGGACCUGAUGCACCUCAGUAAGCACGUGGGGGCCCUCACUCAGCUUGUCGGGCCCCUCAGGGCCCAGCUGGAGGAGGCCGAGGGGCAGAAGGCCGGACUGCGGAAGCAGGUGGGCAGGCUGGAGCAGGCGCUGCAGCAGGAGCAGGGGGCGCGGCAUCGGCAGGCGGAGGAGGCCAAGCAGCGCCUGGCAGAGUGGGAGCGCAACAAGCAGCAACUGCUCACAGAAACCAGUGACCUAAAGACAAAGGUGGCCGCCCUGGAAAGGGAACUGAAGCAGCAGCAGGAGUCAACGCAGGCUGUGGAGGCGAAGGCCCAGCAGCUGCAGGAGGAAGGCGAGCGCAGGGCGGUGGCCGAGAGGCAAGUGCAGCAGCUGGAGGAGCAGGUGCAGCUGCUGGCGGGGCGGCUGGAGGGGGCCAGCCAGCAGAUCUGCUGGGCCAGCACGGAGCUGGACAAGGAGAAGGCCCGUGUCGACAGCAUGGUCCUCCACCAGGAGUCCCUGCAGGCCAAGCAGCGCACCCUGCUACAGCAGCUGGACAGCCUGGACCAGGAGCGCGAGGAACUGCGGGGCAGCCUGGACGAGGCUGAGGCCCAGAGGGCCUGCGUGGAGGAGCAGCUACAGAGCUUGCGGGGCGAGAGGGAGCAGGGGCAGUGCCAGCUCCGGGCCCAGCAGGAGCUGCUGCAGAGCCUGCAGCGGGAGAAGCAAGGCCUGGAGCAGGUGACCACAGACCUGCGGCUCACCAUCUUGGAGCUGGAGCAGCAGCUGGUGGAGCUGAGGGAGCGGGAGCGGCUGCUGGUGGCCUUCCCAGACCUGCACAGGCCCAGCGAAGCCCAGAUGCAAAAUUCUGGCAACGUCACGGACGACAUGGAGAGGCAGGUGCAGGCCAACGACAUCCGCAUCCGGGUCCUGCAGGAGGAGAAUGGGCGGCUCCAGUCGAUGCUGUCUAAAAUCCGGGAGGUGGCCCAGCACGGGGACCUCAAGUUGAUCCCGCAGGACCAGCUCUGGUCCCCUCCCAGCAAGGGAACUCAGGGAGCAGCACCCCCGACGCAGGCUCAGAGAGCGUCCCCAGGGCCCCUGGGCAAGUGGCACCCUCCUGGCAGCAGGACAGGCAGUGCGAGCAGGACCUUGCCAGGCCAGCCCCGAGCAUCCACACCUCAGCAGCCCUGCGGCCAGCCCAGCAAGUCCUCCCUGGAGGAUGUGACCCACUCAGCCAUCUGUGCCCAGAACCCCAUCCGGGCCUUGGCCAGGCUGAGGAGGAGACUGUCCCCAGGCCAGGGCCAGGCCAGAUCUGCACACCAGCCCCAGAAGCGACCCAUGUAGCCUGCGGCAGGGCUGGGGCUGGAUGGCAGGCGGCUGGCAACCCACCCACUGUAAUAAAGCCCCCGCCAUGUACCCACAGCAA